AAAUUUCUUGAGGAAUAGCGAAGAUUCUCGCCCGGUGAACUUUUUUAUGAAGUUCAAAUAUUGCAGUAAAAAAAUUGGUAGUCAAGAUUACGGUUUACGAUUAAGUGAAGCUUUACAAGACGUCCCGAAAUCAGAAAAAUUGUUAAAUUUAAAAAGGAGAUGGGAAGCAGAUGAGUACAGGAAUGACUGGUCUUCCUAUGAAGAUGAAAGAGAGAAACGAAAAGCUGAUAAAAAAGUAAAGAGAAGGAAAUGUAAAGCACAUGUCGCAUUUCAUGAAGAGUUAGACGAAAGACUUGACGGUAAAAAGCUACCUGAUACAACUGUAUCUUCUACCUCACUGGCAUCAUCUUCCAUAUCAAAUCAACAAGAACAGAGUUUUGAAUUUCCAGGAGAGUCACAAGAUAAUGAAGAAGAAAGGGUGGCUUACGAAGAACUAGAGUUACACGCCGAAGAGUCAAUUCGAGGUGAUGAAGAGAAAUGGAUUAUGGGUGAUACUGAUUUGCAUGACGCAUUAACUAAAUGGAAACAAAAGAAAGUUUGGCCGCGUACCGAUUUAGGAUUCUACGACAUAGUAGACGUCACACCAGGAUCAAACAGUGAUUUCGUACGAUCACUACCUAUAGAUAUAGUACACGAAAUAAGACAAUCAAAAUCAUUGCCAACAAUUAAAAUGGAUGAUACGGAUACCAUGAAACAAUAUAUUAUUGAUUUUAUCAAGACAAAAGAUUUUCGUAAGUUUGUAGAUGAGGGCUACAUGAAAACCCGAAUCAAUAAUAAUACAAAAUUCAUAUGGGAUUAUUUGAACCUCCUCGUUGAAUCAUUUGAACGAGACAACGAUCUCGCUGACCAUAAUUUGUCUGAACUAGGAUAUCGUGAAAUCUUUCUCUCACCUCUAAUGCGUAGUCUAUUUCGCGGAAUGCACCGAGAUUUGCAUAUUUACUUUGGUGAAAAAUGCCUGUUUGCUUCAUCAGAGGAUCGCAAUUUGGAAAAAAAUGACGAGGAAGACCGUAGUGCUGGCAGAAAAAUAGACAUCAUCUGGUCUAUGAAACCAACUGAUCUUGAGUUUUCUAUAAGCGAAGUUAGUGGUCCGCCGAAUCAGCACAAUCAUACCCACUUUUUUAAUGAUAAAUUAAAAAUUGCCAAAAUGUUGAAGGUUAUCAUUAACAGGAUCGUAAGAAAGUACGGUGGUGCGGGCAUGAAUUUAGGUUUACUAAAAUUAAAUGAAAUAAUAGUGUAUGAAAUGUCAAUACCUUCCCAUGGAAUAUACGUUUUUUGUGAAGUUUUACGAUCAAAGCUGCCAACAAAUGAAGUCGAAGUGGGGUUAAUGUUACGGUCAGUACCGGCAUUGCUCAAAUUCAGGAAGUUACUUGAAGAGAGUUUAGAUAAUCUGAAAGAUUAUAUUCAAGACGCGUGUACUCGUACACCGGAUGAUAAUGAAAACGCAUGCCUAUUCAUUACACAUACCGAUGUGACUCCCACAGCAAAUAGAACGCAAUCAGAGAAAAAAAAGAAGUAA